CGUGUCUGUCUCUCUCCUCUCUCCUCUUGUAGGUUUAGCCCGUACGAGUGGUACAACCCGCAUCCGUGCAACCCCGACUCAGACGUAGUGGAAAACAAUUUUACUCUGCUCAAUAGUUUCUGGUUUGGAGUUGGGGCUCUCAUGCAGCAAGGCUCCGAGCUCAUGCCCAAGGCGCUUUCGACUCGAAUAGUGGGAGGCAUUUGGUGGUUCUUCACCCUCAUCAUCAUCUCCUCCUAUACUGCUAACCUGGCUGCCUUCCUCACCGUGGAGAGGAUGGAGUCACCCAUAGACUCAGCCGACGACCUGGCCAAACAAACUAAAAUCCUGUACGGCGUGGUGGAGGAUGGAGCCUCUAUGACCUUCUUCAAGAAAACAAAAAUCUCCACCUAUGACAAGAUGUGGGAGUUCAUGAACAGCAGACGGCAGUCGGUGAUGGUGAAGAACGUGGAGGAGGGCAUCCAGCGCGUCCUCACCUCGGACUACGCCUUCCUCAUGGAGUCCACCACCAUCGAGUUUGUCACUCAGCGCAACUGCAACCUCACGCAGGUUGGAGACCUCAUAGACUCCAAGGCCUACGGAGUGGGAACGCCUAUGGGCUCUCCAUACAGAGACAAGAUCACAAUAGCCAUUCUGCAGCUGCAGGAGGAAGGGAAGCUGCACAUGAUGAAGGAGAAGUGGUGGAGAGGGAACGGCUGUCCUGAAGAGGAGAGCAAAGAGGCCAGCGCGCUCGGGGUGCAGAAUAUCGGCGGGAUCUUCAUCGUGCUGGCCGCAGGACUGGUGCUGUCGGUGUUCGUGGCCGUCGGGGAGGUUCUUUACAAGUCCAAACAGAACGCGCAGCUGGAGAAGCGAUCGUUCUGCAGCGCCAUGAUGGACGAGCUGCGCGUCUCUCUGAAGUGCCAACGCCGCCUCAAACAGAAGCCUCAGCCGCCCGUCAUUGUAAAGACUGAGGAGGUCAUUAACAUGCACACGUUCAACGACAGGAGACUCCCGGGGAAGGAAACCAUGGCAUGAGGACUGACGCGUACCCCCCAAAAACCACAAGGAAAAAAAUACACGGAGGGGAGACUUAACGCUGACUCAACCACUAACUGACGUUAGCAGUCCAAACAGGAUUCCUUUUCUUAUGUAGACAGAUGUUUCCUGUGGAAAUAUAAAUAGCCGAGCAGUGUCACCUCACUGCGACGUUCAGGGGAAUUUGGACUUUGGUUGGGGUUGUGGUUUGUUGCCGAUGACGACGUGUGUAAAUUGAAAUGAUCCGUGUUGGUGUUCGGGAUGAAACAUGAGUCUGGUCCACACUAGACGUGGAUUUAAACACACAUAUAACACAUGUACGCACACAGACGCUCAUGUGACACAUGUUCAGACAAGGAAACUCUAUUGUGACAGUAACACCAGAUGUAGUUUUUUCUGUUGAUGUCAACGCCCUUUGUCUUACCUCCGUGUGUGUGUGUGUGUGUGUGUGUGUGUGAGAGAGAGACCCCCGUGUGUCCCACCCUGCAGUGGCUUGAGUUUCUUGCAAAUGAUUUGAUUAAAAAAAACACUAAUCUCCCACCAACAAAAGGGAAGCGGCAGACUGAUCCAAGUGGUUUCCUAUAUGACCUGAUGAUGUAUGUAAAAGUGAUAUUUAGUUUGGGAUCAUCUGCGCUGAACCUUGUCGACCCCGUGCCAUCGUUUUUCUUCUGUAACGCCUUUUCUCGUGCCAAAGUUCUGCCAUUUGUAUAAGAACUUCCUGUCCUGUCCUGUCAUGUCCUGUCACGCCUCUUUCUGUUCGAAGCCUCUACAGUACGACCCUCAACGUUUUACUGCCCUCGCUCCUUCUUCACCUUUUGUCCUCACGUGCCACGCCGUCUGCGGUUUUCACUCUGUAUCAAAAGUUGUUGUUUAAAAUGCAGUAUUUCUACAAAAAUGUUUGUUUUUGUACAAGAACAAGAAGUUUUGUAGUACUUUGUAUCAUGGUAGCCCCUCCUCCUGCCUGUGGAUAAAAAUAUGUAGCAGAUACCAACUCAAGCCGUCAAACCCUUAACACCUGGUGGCUGUAACUCAAACUCUGCUGUUUAAGGUUCAUCACGCUCUCUUUUUCUCAUCAUGCAAAACAAAGAGCAAGAAAAGUCUUGUUUUCUGUCACUUUCCCUGUGGGGCCUGCUGUACAUAAUGUCUGGAGACAAUGUGGUGGAUUUUGGUAUGUACAAAAAAACUGGAAGUAAAAAAAAAAAAAAAGAAAAAGGGGUGAGUCAUUGUAGGAAUCACGACCCGGCAGCAAAGUCCUUCUGACAUGUGUGGUUCGCCAACACUCGCUGUGAUGAGUCACCUUGAAAGACAUAAUAAAAUAUCCGACUGUUGCCUGGAUUCAACUCAGAUACCAGGCAACGCUGUUUGCCUCUCAUUUGGCUCACACUAAGUUUUUACGUAUUUAAAUAAUUAUACUGUAUAGUGCAAUAUAACCUUCGCAGUAUGUCGGUAUAUAUCUGUUAUAAACUCAUUUUUGGAAGGAGUCUAGAAA